AUGUCUCAAUUAGCGCUAACAAUCGAGACCGAUGACUUGAUUUCGAAAGCUGAUAAUGAUAUCAUUACCCGAGAAAAUUUGGCUGAUGUGGUGCCGGAUGAUUCUGAAACCAGCAUUCCCUACAGGUUUUAUCAUAUCAUAGAUAUGGCGCAAAUCAUCUUGAGAAUUGCCGUUUGGAUUCGGUCACUCUCGAAAGCCACCCAGGUUGACACAAUUGACCUGUGGAAAUCGUUGAGCUACUAUCCUGUUGCGGAAAAUCUACGGAAAGGCAUGAAUUCACUAGAUGAUCAAGGGAACAUUCAAGGACCAAAUUUCAAUCUUGACAGGGCGGAAUUUUUACUAUGGUUAUGUUGUCUAGUCAUUAGUCGCAAUCAAGAUUUGGUCGAUGAAGCUUACAAGAAGGUUGUCCAGCUUAAAGAUUUUUCUAGGUCGGAUGUUCAACCGAUCAUUGAUCUGCUUACAAGAAGUGAAGACUCAAUUCACAAACAGGCCGCAUACCUCGGCCUCAGAUUUUUACCUUUGACUGAAUGUAAUAGCGUGGGUGGACCAUAUGGAGGAAUUUUUUGGAGCGACAAUCACAACUUUAUCGUCUUGGCUUUUAAGGGGACCGAUACAUUAAGCUUUACGGAAUGGUUGACGGACGCGAACCUGGAACGAAUGGAUGCGCGAUCUUUCCUGUUUGGUGAAGUUCACGAGGGAUUCUACACUUCACUUUUUCCCGACAAUUCUUACGACUAUUCAAGAUUAAAAAAACAAUGCCCGGCUGCAAGAUUGUCCAACGCCAUAAGCAUGAAAGCUGCGGCGUUGGCCACCCUGAUGCAUACCAGGAUCUUUGCUGCACCUGAAUCGGUCGGUGAACACGUCAACCAUCGUGAUGCAAUUGUAUUUGGUUGUCCCUUCGUUGGUGACUCUGAUUUUGCGGCCGGCUAUCGACAUUUGGAAAAUCAACCGAAAAAUACAAACAAGAAUUUGUGGAGGGUUAUAGACGACAACGAUCUGGUUCCAAGGGCUUUUCUUGGAUUUCAUGUCGCAAGUUUAGGUCAUUACCUCAGCAAAUAUGAUCUCUUCAAUUAUGUAGGAAUUGGUGAUGAUGUGAGAUUCUAUCAGGAUGGUAGCAAGCCUUCGUCGGAGAGAAUCCUCUAUGGACCCGAUCCAACAGCACUCGUUUUUCGAAACCAAGAUUUUGAUUCACCCGGGCUGUGGCCAUUCUUUGGGCUCUCGGAAUUCGGUGAUCAAACAUCUUUGGAACGCACGGCAAAGUAUUUUGAAGUCAUGGAGAAGUCUAGAAAGUAUUGGGAUGCGAAGGAUAGCAUUGAAUUCGCCAUACGUGCGAAAAGGCGUGAUUAG